CCUUUCCCUCUGCGAUCUCUGCCUUUCUCCUUUCCUUCCUUCCUUCUCGUUUCUCAGUUACCUUUUCUGUUCCAAACUCCUUCUCCACAUUAGAGAGAUGGAGAGUCCCAUUCCCAUUUAGUCUCCUUCCUCCGAUUUUCUCUCUAUGAAGUCAUAACUUCCUCUCCUUAUUCUUCUCCCUCGCUAUAAAUCCUAAUUAAAACCCCUUUCUCUUCUUAAUCCCCACGCUCACCGCCUCCCUUGCUCUCCCCCAACAAACCCUUUUGCCUCCCGUUUCUUUUUUGCCUCUCCGUCGACGUACAGCGGCGCUAUGUUCACCGGCGCUGAUGGGUUCUACCCUGCUUCCGCCUCCGUCGGCUCUAACGGCGGAGCAAACCACUCUUUCUCCGCAUCCGGCAACAGUCUUCGCCACCUCGAUCAAGGCGGCUAUACCCUUCCGCUCGCCGGCGGCUACGCCUUCGGCGAUCACGUUCAGAACCCGUACAAUCAGGAGUCGCUCGAAUCGCUGUUCUCGUCGCUCAGCGUUUCCGGCGGCCGCAACGGCCGCGGCUUGAAUGGGUUUGCCCUGGAUGACAAUCUAGGCGGUGGCGGCGGAGUUGGAGGGGGGUUUGUUGCCGGCGAUGGCGUCAAUUUUAAUAAUCAUCUGGCUUCUUCCAACGGCGGCUGGCUUCAAAAUUGCGGCGGGUACGACGCCGACGAUCAAGGGUGUGCUCGCCUUUUCAAUCCACCCGCCGCCGCAAGGCAGAAUUUCCAGAGCAAUGCCGCUGCUGUCAACCCCGCCGUGCUGCGCUCCCUCGAGUUUCGUGAUUAUCUGCGUAGCCAGAUUUUAUAUGGGUCAUCGGAACCCGGAUUCUGGGACGGCGCCGUUUACCCCGCCGCCGCCGCCGCCUAUUCCAAUCCAUAUUACAACGACUCAAUCACGGGCCUCAACGGGGUCUCUUCCCGUUUCGAUUCCUCCUCCGCAAGAACCCUACCCAAGAGGAAUUCGAGUUCUAGUUUCAACAACAAGAGGCCUAAUCAUCACAAUAAUCAUCAUCAUAAUCAGGGCUCCUCUAACGUCGGAUUGAACAGCAGCAGUAGCAGCAGGAGGUCCGAUUUGCUGCAGGAACAGUCGAACCACACGUCUCUGGAGAAUUUCAGGGGCCAGAUUCUGUCACUGGCUCAGGACCAACACGGAUGUCGGUUCCUGCAGAGGAUAAUCGGGACCAAAAAGUCUGAAGAAAUCGAGAUUGUGUUUCUGGAGCUGGUGGACCAUGUGGGUCAGCUGAUGCUUGACCAGUUUGGGAAUUAUGUUGUACAGAAGCUCGUAGAGGUUUGCACUGAUGAACAGAGGACCCAAAUCCUGCGGAGAUUGACUAGAAACGAAUUCCAGCUCCUCAGCAUUUGUCUUAACAUGUAUGGGACUCGUGCUAUACAGAAGCUGUUGGACCAUGUUACAGUUCCGCAGCAAGUCUCUGUAAUUAUGCCUGCUCUUAGCCGUGGUGCUGUUGCUUUGACCAAGGACAUGAAUGGUCAUCAUGUCAUCCAGCAUUGCUUGAAGAGUUUCUCUCAUGAGGACAACAAGUACCUUCUGAAUGAGGUGGCAGACAACUGCUUAGAGAUUGCUACAGAUAAAAGCGGCUGUUGUGUGCUCCAGGUCUGUGUGGAAUACUCUCAGGGAGAGACCAGGGAUCGCCUUGUGUCCGAGAUCAUUUCGAAUGCACUGCACUUGUCACAGGACUGCUAUGGCAACUAUGUAGUACAGAACAUAGUGGGACUUAAGGUAGAGAAAAUCAAUGCGGCUCUUCUUCAACAGCUUCAAGGUGACUUUGUCAAUCUCUCAUGCAACAAGUAUGGCAGCAAUGUGGUGGAGAAGUGUAUGUCUGAGACCACAGAAGAGCAAUCUACACAAGUUAUGAUGGAGAUGCUUGGUAGUCCCAAGGCUUCUGUGAUGCUCGUCGAUCCGUAUGGAAAUUUUGUUGUCCAGACUGCAUUGGAGAUUACUCAGGCGAGGCGCCAGACACUAGUCCAUUCCGCACUAGUGGAGCUGGUUAGGAGGAACGUUCCAAUGAUGCGAAGCAACAUUUAUGGAAAGAAGGUGCUUGCUUGGUUCGGUAAGAGACAAUGGCUACACAUGUAGCUUACCAAAUACACAAGGAGGAGAUGGAAGAGACAGGGAGGGAGGGGGGUUGUUUGAUUUGCUUUGAUGGGAAAAUUUGUCUGCAGCUUGUAGGUGUCAUAAAAAUUGUUGUGUUGUUUUGUUCUCCUGUGGGUUCUGUUCUGUUGUUAAGAGUUUUUCAGCAUCUCUGUAUGUUUAGCUGUGUAGUGAUUUUGAUUUUGUCUGUCAGAAGAUCAUAUAGGUAGAGGGCUGCAAAUGGUAAGGAGGGGGUGGUGAUGAAGAGAUUGAUAAAAAGGGUUGUCAUAGUUCUCUGCAACUCUAUUAGGAAGAAGAAAGUAACCUUUUGAACUAAAAUGUACGAUUGGAGAAACCAAAGGUGGGGGAUUCUUUUUUGGCAAACUGUACAGCUUCUUUUGUGAUAAUUGCACUGUUUGUUUUGCCUUAUUUUCUCAUGGAAACAUACAAACAGGAGUCUCUGAUGGUGGUCUAUCUUUCAGGGA